GUUCUCCCUGCCCCCUUGCCUUGGUCUCCUCAUUUUUAAUACUAACCCCUGACCUUUGAACUGAGAAUGCCUUCCCAAAGCAUUUCCUUUCAUACCCUCAACAACAAACUUUGGAAACUAUCAUUGUCCAUGUGGGACAGAGACAUGCCCGAAGAAAGAUCUGCGCAGGACACUCAGUGCCCACGUGGGAGCCCACACCUCCUGAUUGCAAAGCUUCGCCCAACCUCUGACCAGUAACUAAAGAAGGGUGUUCCAAGUAGUGGCCUCAUCUCUACGGUGACCUAGAGCAGAGUGGGGAGAGCAGGCCAGGGACCUCUGGAGAGUUCAGCCUUGAGGUGGUGCUGAAGACACAACAAGGGGUGGGCACCUCUGAGGGCAGAGGCGGAGCGAAGUAGGUGAUAUCUAGUCCAGAGACUGGAGCUUAGCACUGCCAGAGCCUCUCCCACACACCUCUCCCCAUGGACCGCACAGUGGUGCUCAUCACUGGCUGCUCCUCGGGCAUCGGCCUGCACCUGGCCCUGCGCCUGGCAUCAGACCCGUCCCAGAGCUUCAAAGUGUAUGCCACUUUACGGGACCUGAGCACACAGGACCAACUGUGGGAGGCAGCCAGGUCCCAAGGGUGCCCUCCUGGCUCCCUGGAGACGUUGCAGCUGGAUGUGCAGGACGCAGAUUCCGUAGCUGCUGCCAGGGCACGUGUGACAGAGGGCCGCGUGGAUGUAUUGGUGUGCAAUGCCGGCCGGGGCCUGCACGGGCCGCUGGAGGCGCACUCAGCUGAUGCCGUGGGCUCUGUGCUGGACGUGAACUUGGUCGGGAUGGUACAGAUGCUUCAGGCUUUCCUGCCAGACAUGAAGCGCCGCCGCUCAGGACGUAUAUUGGUGACUGGGAGCAUGGGAGGCUUGAUGGGGCUGCCCUUCAACGCCGUUUACUGUGCCAGCAAGUUCGCAGUCGAAGGUUUAUGUGAGAGCCUGGCUGUUCUGCUGCCUCCCUUCGGGAUCCACGUGAGCCUCAUCGAGUGCGGCCCAGUGCGCACUGCCUUCCCGGAAAAGGUCCAGGACGGCCUCGACGUGGUGCUGGAGGGUGCAGACGCCCAAACCCGAGACCUUUUCUCCCAGUACCAGCGCCACUUCGAGCAGGUCUUCCGUGAGGGGGCACAGGACCCAGAGGAGGUGACAGAGGUAGAUGCCAGGCAGGGCUCUGGGAGCGAGGCGGCACUCGAGUCCUGGGUUUCGCAUCCAGCCCCAGCCAGCCCGCUUCCUCUCCCCCGCAGGUCUUCCUCAGAGCCCUGCGCUCCUCGCAGCCAGCCCUGCGCUACUUCACCUCCGAGCGCAUCCUGCCCCUGGUGCGGCUGCGCCUCGCCGACCCCAGCGGCUGCAGCUAUGUCGCUGCCAUGCACCGUGCAGUGUUCAGUGACAAGCCCGCUGCGGGUUCAGAUGGUGCCCAGACGGAGGCCGGAGGGGGAGAACUGGGAGGCCCUGAGCUCAGCGCUUCCCCAGCUGCCCUGAAAUAAAGGCCUGGUCCCCAUGGUCUCCCUCUCUCUCCUUUGCGCCCAGGGGAUGUGCGGUUCUGGGGAAUGGAGCGGGACUGCACUGCCCUGGCGCGUGCAGCCGGUGGGCAUACUUGUUAGGCCGGGUUACACCUACCUGGAAACCUCCCAGAAUGAGGGAAGAGCUAGCCCCGGUCAGGCCUCAAGUCCACUGCUCUUAUCUGCAGCAGUAGGAGUUAGGCAGGCUUGGAUGGGAGGAAAGUCUGGUUGUGACUCAGUCCCCGCUAGUCAUGGGACCUCAGGCUAGUUCUUUACUUUCUCUGAGUCUGUUUUUUUAAUCUGUAAAAUGGGUAUAAUCCCUGUAUCAAGGACCGUAGUGAGAAUGAAUUGAGAUAAUGCCUGAAAGUGCUGGUAUGGAGGUCUUCAUAGCAGGCACAGUUAUUACUACUACUAGUGGCAUUACUAGUCUUGUCAUUGUAUUCCCGUGAGGAAGCCGGAGAUG